CUUCUUCUUCUUCUUCUUCUUCUUCUUGACACGUACGAAAUCAUUAGUCAUGGCUUCCAUUCCCACAACCACAAAAUUAGUCUUCCUUUUAUGCUCACUUCUUGUGGGAAUGGCCUCUGCCCAGCUAUCCUCUACUUUCUACGAUACAUCCUGCCCGAAAGCCCUUUCCACCAUUAAAUCAGCUGUUGCCUCUGCUGUGAAAACAGAGGCACGCAUGGGCGCAUCGUUGCUCCGCCUUCACUUUCACGAUUGCUUUGUUAAUGGAUGUGAUGCAUCUGUGCUGUUGGAUGGCACCGGAGUAGAGAAAACAGCUACGCCCAAUGCUGGUUCGCUAAGGGGAUUCGAUGUAAUAGACACCAUCAAAUCUCAAGUGGAGACCGCAUGCCCUGGUGUUGUGUCUUGUGCUGACAUCUUAGCCGUUGUUGCCAGGGACUCUGUUGUUGCGCUGGGUGGACCUAGUUGGACAGUUCAGUUGGGCAGAAGAGACUCUACCACCUCAGUUGCAAGUGAUGCUAAUUCCAACAUCCCUGCUCCAACGUUGGAUCUUAGUGGCCUUCUAACUUCCUUCUCAAACAAGGGUCUCACCGCCAACGAAAUGGUGGCUCUUUCCGGAGCUCACACAAUAGGCCAAGCCAGGUGCACAACCUUCCGGGCUAGGGCAUACAAUGAAACCAACAUAGACGCCACUUACAAAACAUCACUACAAUCAAAAUGUCCAAGCACUGGAGGAGACAACAAUCUUUCCCCUCUUGAUGUCACUUCUCCGACAACCUUUGACAAUGCUUACUUCACCAACUUGAAAAAUAAUAAGGGUUUGUUGCACUCUGAUCAACAACUCUUUAAUGGAGGCUCCACAAACGCUCAAGUCAAUACUUACAGCACUAACUCGGCAACUUUCCGAACAGACUUCGCCAAUGCCAUGAUAAAGAUGGGCAACCUUAGUCCACUCACUGGCACCAGCGGACAGAUUAGAAAAAACUGCAAGGCAGUCAACUAAAUCGAGGAACCAUGGUGUUUUUUUUGCAUUUUCAAUAAUAAUAAUGGUGUUUGUUUAAAUGUUGUCGAUAUGAUUUGGUUUUGUCGUAGUCAAUUUCACAACAUGCUCGCAGAAUCUUGUUAUUAUAUUUAAUUAAGACAUGUAUUGACUAUCAUAUAUUAUACAUCCUCGGUUCUUGUUCUA